AUGUCCGUCGACAACGAAAUCAAAGGCAGGCUCGCUCUGAUUACGGGUGCAUCAGGAGGAAUCGGUGCUGGCUGCGCACGAGACCUUUACCGGAACGGCUGCCACCUCGCUCUCACAUAUUCGAAAAACAAGGCCAAUGUCGACAAGCUGAUCACCGAGCUCCAGGGCGACUCGGCCUCCUCCGAACUGAAGAUCUCCUCACACCAAGUGGAUAUGGCAUCGACAGAAGACAUGGAAAGACUGUAUAAAGAGAUUGAAUCACAACAUGGCCAUGGUCCUGACAUUCUGGUCGCCAAUGCAGGAUACGGGAAGCGAGUGCCUCAAAUAGUGGACAUCACAUAUGAAGAGUUCGACUAUACGAUCCAAAUAAACCUCCGCGCACCUUUUGUUCUUGCCAAAUUAGCCGUCCCACACAUGGCACAGCAGAAAUGGGGACGCAUCAUCAUGAUGUCGAGCAUAGCUGGCUACGGGGGUGGCAUCAACGGCUGCCACUAUGCCGCCUCAAAAGCCGGCCUGACAGGGAUGAUGAAGAAUCUAGCCAUCAAGCUCGCCAAGGACGGGAUCACGGUGAACGAUGUCGCCCCAGCCAUGAUAGGCGAGACAGGAAUGAUUCCUAACGCGAAGUUCCUCGAGGGCACACCUGGAGAUGUGAGGAACAUUCCGGUGGGCAGGCUGGGCACGCCGCAGGAGUGUGCGAAUGUGGUAACCAUGCUGUGCAGGACGGGGUAUUUGACUGGGCAGAGUAUCUUGUUGAGUGGAGGAUUGAAAUGA